AGUAAAAUAAUUCUGAUCAAGCAAAUUGCGGAAAGAUUGUUAAAUUGGUAUCGUUCUAUUCACCGCUUUACGUUGAAAGGUCAAUCUUUAAAAAGCCAAAGAGCUAUUCUUCUCCCUUGUAAUGUAGAAGGCCGUCGAAAUACCCAACAAAACUGCGUGCUAGUCUGAAAGUGGCAUUUUGAUAUCGCAUGACAGUCGACGACGCUCGUCCAAGUUGCUUCAAGACAGAAUGGACGAUAUUUGGAUUUUAUGGCUUGUAUUUGUAACGUUUAAUUCAUGUCUUUGUAGUCCUGAAGAGUCGCAAUAUAAAUUGUGCUAUCCGCCAAGACUUGGAUUCCGCUUUUCGAAUGCUGGAGCUAAGCUUGAAAUCAAAGGAUCUGGCGGAUCAUGCAGUGGYUGUGAUAAACUCAAAAACUGCACCACAUUCCAUGGUAGUAUCCAGAUCCAGGGGUUUGGGUUCUUAAAAUCCCCUGCAGAUGAUCCAGUUUUAAAGAAMGAACUAUAUUUUCCAAAACUGACAGAAAUUACUGGGUAUUUAUUGAUUUCUCUACUAAGUGUCAAUGUGGAUCUCAACGAAGUAUUUCCUAAUCUAGCAGUAAUUCGAGGAGGGAGCUUAUUUCUCGAUUACUCGCUUGUGAUAUAUAUGAAUGUUGGCCUCAGACGAAUCAAUUUACCUUCGCUAAAUGUGAUUAUGAGUGGAGGAAUUCGUAUCGAAAAGAAUUUGAACCUUUGCUAUGCGAAGACAAUUCGUUGGAAGUCGAUAAUGAGGGUUAGAGCGGACGAUUCUUCGUCACUAGUCAUUUCAGAGAACAACAACGAUUGUUAUGAUUUAUGCUACAAAGGCAAAUGCUUUCCUCCUGCUGGUCACGGCGCCUCAGGGAAACAGUAUUGCUGGGCACCAGGGACACCUUACGAUUACUCUUGCCAAAAUCUAUGUGAUACCAAGUGUGGUAUAUCAGGUUGUGUCACAGGUAGCAGUCAAGUGUGUUGUCAUCCACAGUGCCUGGGCGGCUGCUCAAAAGUCAACUCACAAUAUCACUGUCAUGCCUGCAAGAAUUUUCGUCUACAAAGUGGCGAAUGUGUCAGCAAGUGUCCUGCCGAAUUGUUUGAAAUUAAUGAUUUUGAAUGCAUAAAAAAGUGUAGAGGAGGUUACCUGGAGCUUGAGGGUAAAUGUGUAAAAGACUGCCCCACAGGAUACAUCAAGAGAGGAGCAGAACAAAGUUCUUUUUUCUUACAAAGGAGUGAUCCAGGAAAAUGUGAAAAAUGUGUUGAUAAGCAAUGUCCACGAGUCUGCAAACUUCCAGGAUUCAAAAGUAAUUGGAUACUUGAUUCCUUGAGUGCUGUCAGGAAGGUCAAAGGCUGCACCGUYAUUGAAGCGAACCUCAUCAUUCAAAUUCGAGGGGGUGGUGGGUCCRUCUCUGAGGAAUUAGAAGAAAAUCUAGGAAUGCUAGAGAAGGUCAAAGGAUAUAUCAUGAUACAAGAAACAAAAAACUUAGUAUCUUUAAAGUUUUUGAAAAACUUAAAGGUUAUUCAACCAAGAAUUACAUAUUCUCUGACACAGAAAAUAUAUUUGCCUCUCUUGUUUAAUGCAAGGUAUGCUUUAACCAUCAUGGAUAAUCCAAAGCUGGAACAACUGUGGGAUAUUAACCCUAAGUUAAACAUUACUUCAGGGGUUGCUUUAGUGCGCCUGAAUCCAAGACUCUGUCCCAGUAAGAUUAAACCACUUAUAGAUAUCUUGGAAAAASCAAAUAAGACCAGUGACAUCUCCAUGACAACAAAUGGCAAUGAUGUACCAUGUCAAGUCACAACAAUCAAUUUAACUUUAUCAGAGAUUGUGAAAUCCRGUGGACAUCGAUGUGGAAUAGCAGUGUGCCCUAAUGCAUGCAUUCAGGCAAAAUGGAAUGAAGUCAARAUAGRUGCCGACUACCGUAAUCUUCUGUUUUACACACUGUUCUUCCGAGAAGCACCAAGCACUAAUAUUACAGGUCUUGAGGAUACUGAUGAUUGCAGCAGCAAUCCAGUUUGGAGAAAAAAAGACAUUGCAGUAAGACCAAGGGAAAAUACACGCAUGAAUGUGUCAGAUUACAACAGACAGCGCUCUAUUGGAUACUGCACUGGUAAUCUUAAACCAGAUACUAUUUAUGCCAUGUAUGUAGAAGCAGUAACACUGAAUAAAAAAGGAGCAAGAAGCAAGUUAACAUUUAUUAAAACAAGAGAAACAGUUCCAGAAGCUGUAGUAGGGCUAGAUGCAAGCUACCUUGAUGACAAGUCUCUUCUCGUUAAAUGGCAGGAGCCACUUUACCCUAACGGCAAGAUCAUUAAGUUUGUCAUUACAUAUCAGGAAAGUGGCUAUUCUGCAUGGAAUGAGGAUAAUUUUAACUGGUGUGACAGGCAAAUGGUGWCAAGACGUAGUACAGAUUCAGUAGAUUCUGGGGAUAAGGAUAAAGAAAAGCCAGGGACAUGCAAUGUGACAUGUGUCUGUGACAAAGACAAAGAAAUCAUCAAACCUGAGAAGCAAGCAGCRAUAUUUGCCAAGGAGUUCCAGGAUGCAUUGUUGAAAGCCUUUUUUAMUAAARAWAAYGAUGAUGCAAAUCCAACUACUCGACCUAGGAAUAUCACAAGUACAACCUUCCCCAUYACACAGAUAGUUGCAAAUAGGACAAACUGCACAGCUGACUCAAAGGAUCCUGAGUGUUUGACAGUACCCACCACACCUAGUUCAAAACCAGCAUACAAUGCAACAGGUGUGUCAUCUAGCGCUGUGCCUAUCAAUAUGACYACCAAKCCCACAAACAGCACACCCAUCACUCCUACAAGAACUCCACGUAAAAUGGUUAAAGAAGUGAAUGGUACUAAGAGACAAUUGCACAUUUCUGGGCUGAGACACUUUGUGGAUUAUAGGAUAACAGUCUGUGCAUGUACCAGUGCUGGCUGCACACUGUUUAGUAAAUGUUCAAGUACUAAAGGACGAACAGGUAGAAAAGAAAAUGCUGAUGACCUUGAUGGGCCUCUGAARGUCAAAGUUCAAAAUGCCACUAAAACAUAUAAUAUAACAUGGACAGCACCAAAGGACCCUAACAGUUUGGUUCUCAAAUAUGACAUUGAAAUAAGGCAUAUUUCAMAAGAAAAUACAGAUCAAAUUUGCAGACAAGCCAAUGCACCAACAUGGAUAUSGAWGAAAGGUKYGCCUGGAAAUUACUCUGCUAGAGUGAGAGCAAUCACCCCUGCAGGGAAUGGCUCGUGGAGUAAUCUGGUCACUUUUUAUAUCUCUCAUGAAGAAACUGAUGGUAAUGGCGGUGGAAAAAUUCCUCAGAAAAUGGAUGUAGGGAUGAUAAUAGGAGCAAGUCUAGCAGCAUGUAGUGUAAUCAUCCUUGCAUGUGGGAUUGCUGUGUGGUAUAUUACACGGAAGAGAUAUGAAGAGAAGCAGAUACACACAGUCUUGUAUGCAUCAGUAAACCCAGAGUAUAUGAACUCCUCAGAUGUUUAUAUUGCUGAUGAAUGGGAGGUACCCAGAGACAAGAUCAAGUUAAUAAGAGAGUUAGGACAAGGUUCAUUUGGUAUGGUUUAUGAAGGAGAAGCUAUUGACAUUGUUAAAGACCAGCCACGAUGCCGUGUGGCAGUCAAGACUGUUAGUGAAAAUGCAUCAGUGAAAGACAGAAUUGAGUUCCUCCARGAAGCAUCCAUUAUGAAGGCUUUCCAUUGCUACCAUGUGGUGGAGUUACUUGGAGUUGUAUCAGAUGGUCAACCUACCUUAGUUAUCAUGGAACUUAUGCACAAUGGUGACUUGAAGAAUCACUUGCGGUCAAGGAGGCCAGGGGAGGGAGGUGAGUUGCCUCCACCAACACUAGAUGAGAUGUUACAAAUGGCUGGUGAGAUUGCUGAUGGCAUGGCUUAUCUUGCAUCAAGGAAGUUUGUCCACAGGGAUCUUGCUGCUCGUAAUUGUAUGGUUAAUGAAAAUCUAACUGUCAAAAUUGGAGAUUUUGGAAUGACAAGAGACAUCUAUGAAACAGAUUAUUACAGAAAGGGUGGCAAAGGUUUGUUACCUGUUAGAUGGAUGGCUCCUGAAUCUCUAAAAGACGGUGUCUUUACCUCCCCAUCUGAUGUSUGGUCAUAUGGAGUUGUGUUGUGGGAGAUGGUUACACUUGCUUCCCAACCCUAUCCUGGCAAGUCAAAUGAAGAAGUUCUAAAGUUUGUUGUGGACGGAGGUGUCAUGGAGAAACCACCAGAGGCGCCGCAAGAACUAUAUGAGUUAAUGACCUUAUGCUGGCAGUUUAAACCCAAAACACGUCCAACAUUCCUGACUUUAAUCAACAUGAUAGAAGACAAACUAUCAGAGGACUUCAAGAAAAACUCCUUUUACUCCACAUUACCUCGCGCCCACCUCCAAGAGAUGUUGAGAUUGAGAAGUUUCUACAUUCCACGGCAAAGAGCAGAGACCAUUCAAAAUGAAGAGGAAUCCAAAGCUUAGUUGUGGACUAACAAAUCAUUACAGUAAUGACAGUCAACCGUCAACCAUAUAAUCUUAAAGAAUCGCAUUUAUCAUGCUUUUUGAAAGUUUAAUACAUCCAAUGCAGAAGCAAGAGAACCUUUGAAUACUCACACUUUCCUUAUUGUGUUGAUAUUUAGCUCAACACAGAAAACCCAAAUUAGUGAUUUUUCAAAGGACAGCUGCUUGAUGUAUUACACAGGGUUCCCAUCUAAAAUAGAAAUUCCAUUCCUCAAAGGUAUGGAAACAGCAGUAAAAAUUAUAMUUUCUGGAAUCCAGAAUAUUUUUAGAUAGAAAGAAGGCUUAGCAAUACAGUAUGUAAUAUAGGGCUAAGAGGAUAGGCCUGGGAACAAAUCAUAUAUUUUUACAUUCAGGGGGGAGGUGAAAUGACUAUGKGGGAGGGGGUGGAGUGCAUUAUCCCAGUCAUGCCAUAUUAUUCAUAAUUUGUAAAAAAUAAAUAAAUAUUCCAUUGGUAGCUGAAAAAAUAUUGAAAGAAAUAAUGAAUAUUGAAUUGAUAAAUAAUUAAUAUUAUUAAUGAUGCUGAAAAAUAGUGCCUUAAUUAAAAAAWUGUAUAUAGCUUUUUAUUUCAAAUAYACCAUGCUCAGUUUACAUUGAAAAMAUUCCCUUCUAGGGUAGGGUGGAGGAAAUUUUGCAGCAUGGCAAUCAUUGUAUUAACAAUAUGCAUUUACUCUAACCAGUUAUCAAUGAGAUCUCAAACUUUAACUUCAAGCAUUUGUUUUGGGCUUCCUGUGCUGUCAAUCAAAUAGCAACAGAAAAUUUAGUUGARUGCUURAAUUUGAUCAGGGUUCAAGGUUUCUGACUCUAUGGAUUUGAGUUUUAUAGAAAAAUUAASUUGCUAGUUGUCCAACCUUUUUACCAGGACAAUUUAUCACUUUAAAAGGGUGCUGGCUUGGAAGGGGAGGUUGACAUUUAUAUAKAUAAAAUAAUGACAGAUUCAUGUGUCAAUAAAUCCAUACACCCUAGUACAUAGAAUUCAGUCAAUGAUAAACCUAAGAUAUCCACUGUAUUCAUUGCACAAACUGCUGGAAAGCAACAAAAUAAAACUUUUAUAUGACUAAGA